AUGACCGGUCCAGGGCGAACCCCCUCCUCGCCCUGGGUGCAGAGUGUGCAGGGCAGAGCCAACCAGUCCUUUCAUCCCACCCUGUCACCUACGCAGGUUGGCAUACACACGAGUGCGGAACGACCCAGCCCCAACUAUUUCGGUAUUGCUGUGGAAAACUCCAGCAAUUCCCCCACCUCGAACCCAGGACUGAACACGCAAAAGAACUGGGGAUCAUUCGCACAAGCACAGUCUUCCCUUCCGAGCCCCAAGCUUCAACUAUGCUCCCAGGAAUCAGUAUCAGAGGGACUGGUGAAUCUCCUGAGAUCCGAGUCGGAAUUUGAUAAAGGGCGGCGUGAAUCGGCGCUUCGGGGGUUGCCUUCGAAUGGAGGAUCACAGAUCAACAAAACAUGGUCAAGGCCAUCCCAUUCCCAGCUGAAAAGCGAGGAGGCAAUCAACCGGGAAUACUCGAGUGGCUCUGGUGUAGGACCUGGCGAGAACGCUGGGUCUACUUCACGUGCUGAUGGAGCAUCCAUAUCAUCGCGAUGGAUCGCCGCCGAGCGCUGCGCCGAGCUAAUUAAAUCCAACCCCCAGGAAGUAUUGCUGCUUGAUGUUCGCCCUUACGCCCACUUUUCCCAGGCCAACAUCACAGGCUCUUUGAAUCUAUGUAUUCCUACCACUCUUCUGAAGCGUCGCUCCUUCGGCACCCAGAAGCUGGAGGGCACCUUCACAAGUGACGUUGAUAAACGCAACUUUGCCCGAUGGCGAGAAUGCACCAAGAUCGUUGUCUAUGACUCUGCCACAUCUGACGUCAAGGAUGCAGCUCCCCUAAUGCAUGUGAUCAGCAAAUUCGAAGCCGAGGGCUGGGAAGGCGAAGCGCUGAUCUUACAGGGAGGCUUCAAGGGCUUCUCGAGCCGGUUUCCGCGAUUGGUUCACCGACCACAAGCCCAGGUGGCAGGACCUUCUCCGAAGAGGCGUUCCCCGAUGAGCAUCAACCUACAAUCCGUAGCCCCGGUUGUUGGAGGUUGUGCACUCCCGGACUCCUCAUCGGCUGCCAACCCUUUUUUCGGCAACAUUCGACAGAAUAUGGAUCUCAUGGGUGGGGUCGGGCAGGUUUCUCUGAAGUUACCCGGUAGUCUGACCGAAACGAGACGACGAGAGCUGCCUUCGUGGUUACAAGAAGCCUCUGAUGUGAACGAUCAGGGACACAUUGUUUCUGAGAAAUUCUUGGAUCUGGAGAAGAAGGAGUUGGAACGCAUGAAACAGGCAUUGACUUACGAAGGAACCUCAGCGCCCACUGUUGGGGUUUCUAAGAAGUACCGUGUCGCUGGCAUUGAGAAAGGCACGAAGAACCGCUACAAUGAUAUUUAUCCGUUUGAUCAUUCUCGGGUCCGCCUUGAGGGAGUCCCAAUGGGAGGCUGUGACUAUGUGAAUGCGAACCAUCUCCAGGCUGAGUUCAGCAAUCGACGAUACAUUGCCACGCAGGCUCCAGUCCCUGAUACCUUCAAUGACUUUUGGCGCGUGGUAUGGGAGCAAGACGUUCGGCUCCUCGUUUCCCUGACCGCUGAGGUUGAACGUGGACAGGUGAAAUGCCAUCCAUACUGGAAGUCAGGGGAUUAUGGUCCCUUCAAGGUCAAGGCCUAUUCCGAGAGAUUCAUACACGUGGAAAACCAGCGCCGACCGAUUGAUCCCACUGCAAUGACCCCUGUGCCACCUGGCCAGCAGGCACAAACGCCGGAUGGGUCGAAUGAGAACCCAGUCAUCAUCGUGCGGCACUUCAGUCUCUACCAUACCGCGUUUCCAUUCCAACCUCUCCGAGACAUCACCCAGCUCCAAUACCCCUACUGGCCAGACUUCGGAACCACAUCACAGCCGACUCACUUACUCAGUCUGAUUGAGCAAUGUAACAAGGUCAUUCGCGCCACCGGCAACGCCGAGUUCAAAAAUGAAGAUGCCGAGCCGGAGGGCCAGCGGCCGAUCCUGGUACACUGUAGCGCAGGUUGUGGGCGCACCGGGACCUUCUGUACUGUCGACAGCGUGCUAGAUAUGCUGAAACGACAGCGCACGCACGGCACCGGGCCCAGCGCCGGAGGGCUAGGUAACUCGAAUCUCGAUCUGAUCAUGAAGACCGUGGAGGAUUUUCGAACGCAGCGGCCGAGCAUGGUACAGAACCUCAGUCAGUUUGUGCUGUGUUAUGAAAGCGUACUCGAGUGGCUCGUUGCGCGGAUGGAUGACGAGGGCCCAUGA